UCCUGCAAGCUUUGGAGCGUCAUCGGCUCUCAGCUGCUGGUAGUGGCCAGCAAGAAGAGGAGUCCUCCGUGGAAGAGUUGCUGUUGACGGAGGAGGCCCAGAGAGCAGCCACAGCUAUCAUCCUACACAAGGCUCUGGCUCCUCUAACCUGUUUUCUCCUUCUCCCCACAGGUAUGCGAAUACUCGUCACCCUGCUGUUAGAUACUCUGCCUAUGUUAGGCAACGUCCUCCUCUUGUGCUUCUUUGUCUUCUUCAUCUUUGGGAUUGUCGGUGUGCAGCUCUGGGCAGGGCUGCUGAGAAACAGGUGUUUCCUAGACAGGAAUUUUGCAAUGACAUACAACCUUACCUUCCUGCAUCCGUACUACCGGACAGACGAAGCAGAGGAGAAUCCAUUCAUCUGCUCAUCGCAUCGUGAAAACGGCAUGCAGAAAUGCUCCAACAUCCCAAACAGGAAGGAGUACAAGGUGGAGUUUUAUACAACCCUGACUUCAGCAAACAUAAACUGGAACCAGUAUUACAACGUAUGCAUGGCAGGGGACGUAAACCCACACAAUGGAGCUAUCAAUUUUGAUAAUAUUGGAUAUGCCUGGAUAGCUAUUUUUCAGGUUAUAACCCUGGAAGGAUGGGUUGACAUCAUGUAUUAUGUGAUGGAUGCACAUUCUUUUUACAAUUUUAUAUAUUUUAUAUUGCUUAUAAUAGUUGGUUCCUUCUUCAUGAUUAACUUGUGCCUGGUUGUGAUAGCAACACAGUUUUCUGAAACAAAGCAGCGGGAGAACCAGCUGAUGCAGGAGCAGCGGGCCCGUUAUCUCUCCAACGACAGCACAAUUGCCAGCUUCUCGGAGCCAGGUAGCUGCUACGAGGAGCUGCUCAAGUACAUCUGCCACAUCUUCAGGAAGGUGAAACGACGGACAAUACGCCUGUACAAUAACUGGCAGAGUAAGCGCCGGAAAAAAGUUAACCCAAACAGCAUGACAAAUGGGCAAAGCCACCGAGGCAAAAAGCACAUCACCUCCAUACACCACCUCAUCCACCAUCACCAUCACCACCACCACCACCACUAUCACAUCAGCAAUGGGAGCCCUCGGGGGCCACGCUCCAACCCUGAGAUCUGUGACCUGGAACUUAAGGUCAUGAAACCUGGAGGCCAAUUGAUGCUUCCCUCUCCAUCACCCAACCUGCAGAGCCCUGCUCCUCCUCCAGAUUCAGAGUCCGUGCACAGCAUUUACCAUGCAGACUGUCAUGUCGAAGGACCACAAGUGAACUGUAAGUCUUCCAAUGCCCCUGCAAGCAUUAAACUGACUGCUGGACUCUCCAACCAUGGCAACAUGAACUAUCCUACCAUCCUGCCUUCUCCAACUAGCAAAGCCAGUUCUGUUCCGGUUCCCAAAGGAAAGAAGAAUGGCAAUUCACCCGUGGCCGUGGUUAAUAGCCCUGUAAAUUUGGGCACGGAUUCUUAUGGGAAGCUGCAACUGGUAGGAGAGCAUG